UGUCGUUGCUUGCACUUGGGCGUCCGAUGUGCUUUGGAUGGCUGAUUAUGGCGCUUGAUUGCCAUGCCAACCUUUGUCGUUGUCCCAAAUGGCAGAUUAUCGAGGGAUGCGCCUGCGCGAACUCAAAGCCCUUCGCCCCCAUCUGCCGUGCUUCCCUCGUUCCACCUUCCCCCGGCCAAUCUGCGGUGCUUCCCUCGUGGCCUCAGUCUCCACCUUCUGCCGUCGCCCUCCUCCAUGUCUACCAUCCGUUGCCUACAAGCCCGCGUCAUCCCGCAACCCAAACCUGCAAAUCUGCCACGCCGCUGCUUCUCACCACCAACACCACCGCUUCUCGCCCCUCGGCGCGGAGAAGCGGUGGGGUUGGUGGUGAGAAGCGGCGGCGUGCAAAACUCCCCGCGCGUCCGCCGCCGAGAGCCCACGCCCCGACCCACAAGCACCUGGAAGUGCCGAGCGGACUUCACUGGGCUAAUUCUGUUCUGCGCUUGAUUUGCACGGCAAGACCGGUGGGUUCUGGACCAAGUGGAUGGUGGAGAGCGCGGAGGCGAGGGCCAGGGUGGCCAAGCUCGGCCUUGCCGCCGUGCUGGCCGGCGUUGGAGCUGUUCGACGCCGUCACCUACACGACCUGCUUCGUGCUCGCAUUCCUCGGCACACGACAAGAGCACCGGCAAGAACCCUGCGGCCAAUCUCAAGGCUCUGCUCGGUGGCCAUCCCGUGUCGCCGGUGCAGCUACUUUGGCCCCGGUUAUCAACAAAGGCUUGAAAAGCAUUCAGGGGAAACUUAACCUUCCAAGCCAAAUGUAUGCCUUUGCACUUGUGGUUGGUUCUGUGGCCUCAGUAUGCUUCACAGUUGUUGGUAUCUUUAUCCUCUCAACAAGUGGAGAAAGUAAAGGGAACACCUGGAGGAUGCGCUGUGGUUGAACUGAGGCCUUGUGAGAAAACUCCUGAUGACAGAAAGAGUGGAAGCAAGAUAUAACGAUCAUAAGAAAGGAACCCUUGCGCGUCAAAUCCUGAUGACAGAAAAAGAGGAAGUGCGAGGCUCAUACCGCCAGUGGCAAGUUCCAAGCCUGUGCUUUUCUUGCCCUGUAUUCCCAGUCUAUACUUCUGUGCACAUCAGAAAAGCCUCAAUGUUUCAGUACAAUGGAGCAAGAGAAAAGGAGAGUAGGUGUGUGACUAGUAAUGCUGAGGCAGUGAAGAGAGU